GCCGCCUCCUUCGCCCGGUGAGUAGGGGAAGAGAAUCCGCAGAGCUCGGCAUCGCCAUCCUCUUGUGCACGGUGCGCGCCCCGAGCCGUUCCGAACCCCAACCCAGCCGAGCUUCCAGGACACCGGAGAGAUGAAAGAUCGCACCCAGGAGUUGCGGGCUGCAAAGGACAGCGAUGAUGAUGAUGAAGUCAGCGUUAAUGUGGACAGAGACCACUUCAUGGAUGAGUUCUUUGAGCAGGUUGAAGAAAUUCGACAAUUCAUAGAUAAGAUCUCUGAGAAUGUGGAAGAGGUGAAACGGAAACACAGUGCAAUCCUCGCGGCACCAAACCCGGAUGAAAAAACAAAGGAGGAAUUGGAAGAACUGAUGACAGAUAUUAAGAAGACAGCAAAUAAGGUCCGCUCCAAGUUAAAGAGUAUUGAACAAAGCAUAGAACAGGAGGAGGGACAGAACAGAUCCUCGGCUGACUUGAGAAUACGCAAGACACAGCACUCUACACUGUCUCGUAAAUUUGUGGAAGUGAUGUCUGAGUACAAUGGCACACAGACUGACUACAGAGAGCGUUGCAAAGGACGAAUCCAACGACAACUGGAAAUCACUGGAAGGACGACCACAAAUGAGGAGCUGGAAGACAUGCUGGAGAGUGGGAAUCCUGCUAUCUUCACAUCUGGGAUCAUCAUGGAUUCCAACAUUACAAAGCAAGCUCUUAAUGAGAUUGAAACACGACAUCAUGAGAUCAUCAAACUGGAGAACUGUAUCCGUGAGCUGCACGAUAUGUUCAUGGACAUGGCAAUGCUGGUGGAAAGCCAGGGAGAGAUGAUAGACAGGAUCGAAUACAACGUUGAGCACUCAGUUGACUACGUAGAGAGGGCAGUGUCCGACACGAAAAAGGCGGUUAAGUACCAGAGUAAAGCACGACGGAAGAAGAUUAUGAUCAUUAUAUGCUGUGUGGUGCUGGGGGUCGUCAUCGCCUCCACAGUUGGGGGAGUAUUUGGAUUUUGAAAAACACAAAAUAGGAAAGAAUCUACCAAUGUGAUGUGGGCAUUUCAGCCACUUUGUGAGAUGAAGUGACUUUCACUCGGUAACACUGAGAAAGGUUUCCCUGCAUGACUAUCUAGCAUUACUUCCUUUACUGGUCCUGCUCUUUCUGGCUGUUAAGGUAUGGUAACAUUUUUUUCUCUUUUUUUUCAAUGAUGCGCUGUUUGCCAUAAACACAUGAAAAUUUGGCCCUGGGAAAAUAAAACUCUUCACAUUUAAAGGGAUUGAUCUUAACCCAUUUGAUUGCCAAAGCCAAAGAAAGCCCAGUAAACACCAACAGACACAACGGCUGGAGUCGACAUUUUGUAAGAUACUGAUCACAAAACGGCAAUAUCUUUUUUAAAAACUCAAUUAGUCUGUACAAGCUUUCAAAUCUUGUCAAGGUUGGAAGAAUGCAGUGAUCGACAUCUCAUCAGCACAAUGUUACCCACUGGACUAGGCUGACGGCCAUUAUCCCAACAGCAUGUGUUCUGUGGAAAUUCUAUUUCUUCACAAUAACACUACCGUAGAUGGCGAAAUGAUAUGGUCUGAGAAAGUUCUGCUCUAAAUAUAAGACUCGAUGUUUGCUACUGUGGGUGAGGAACUGCCAGACAGUCUUUGAAGUCUCUCUUUUGAUCUCAGCCUUACUCCUUUGCUAAUAACAGUAUUUUUUAUUCGCUGUCAUUUCUUCAUGUGAAGAAGACUUGCUGAUGAAGAUUCUCUCAAGUGGUGCUAUCGCUCCCUGCAAUGUUAGAGAAAAGGCUGACAAGAUCUGAAGAGUAUCUUUAAAGGAUUCAGCUGUUUUUCUUUUUUUUAAGAAAGUGAAAUGAGGUUGGAACUAUUCAAAUGUUAUCAUUUUUUAAAUUUAUUCCGGACUAACAAAACAAAAAAAAAAUCAGGAACUAGGCAGGUGAACCAUCAACUGUUCUACCAGUCAAAAAUAAAUUCUUCCAGCCUUUGAGUGGAAUCAGAAACCUUUAGAGAGUGUGGGCUUCAUAUCAAUCUCUAAUAUUAUGAAAGGUACUUCAAGAGGAGCAACUUCCUUCUCCUUUAUACCAUAUGUCCUAAACAAAUGAAGCUCUCAUUUUAACAUCUAUUAAAGGGCUUGUGUUGGGAGAUUUUAUAUCUUGUCUAGAAUAAGUUCUCCUGCAUUUGAAUUCUAAUUUUUAAUUUCAUGUGACAUGAAGUUUUUGUUCUGGCUGGUUUACCAAUGUUUUUCACUCCUGCUGUUUUGCCAGGAACACAUACAAGUCCUCGCCAGCACAACUGAUGUGUAGCCCUGUGUAAUUAGGUAUCAAAGGGCUUUAAAGAGCAGUUGGUCAAGACUUGCUAGUUUCCAUCAAGCUGCACUCUGAUUUGGCAGCUCCUUUGGGUUGUUGAGCUGAUGUCAGUCUGCAUAUGGUGCAGAAAGUUCUGUUGCCAAGUUUCUUCCAGUCUUAGUAAGAAACACAUUUUAUUUAUGCAAUUUAUGUAUUAACAAAAAUGUAACUGGAUUUUUAAAAUUCCAGCUUUUUGUCUAUUCCAGCAGUGGUGAUGCAAAAAGGCUUCCAACGCAGGGCACUGUCAUAAUGCUAUUGAUCAAAACACUAUUAAUCCCAGAUCGCUAACAUGUGCUUUAAAAUUUUUAUAAUUUUCCAUUUUAGGUGUCCAGUUCUAUCAGUUUCUGUUGCAUUAACUUUAUACUCAAUAGCAUUCACCUGUUACCAUGCUCUCACCAUUACAAUGGAAAUAAAGUUUCUCCCUUUGUUUUUAGUAUUAUAUUAUCCUAUUUUACCUCUUUUUUUCUCCAUAAUAUUUACUUGUAUGUGCUUUCCCUUAGGAUUCAGUUAUCACUGAAGUACGUUGAGAGGUAGACCUGUAUUAAUGAUGCUGUUGUUUUUCACUGUGACUUCAGUGUAGUACCCACACACUUAGCUUUAUCACUCAUUGAGCAGCAAUGAGUAGCAGGAAACCAAGCUGACUUACCUAGUAGUGGUGAAAUUGGCUGAAAUGUCUCCUUCACCAAUUGUUGAAUCUGCCAUCUCAGCUUAGACCAGUAUUUUAACUUGGCUGUUUUCUUUGCCUUUAUGUCUUGGAUAUUCACAAUCUUAACCAACUGACUCACUGGGAAACAUCUAGUAGGUAACUGUAAAUAGAACAAAGUCAAUACAAGCCAGGACACCAUCUGAAAUAGGAGCCGAUUAAUCACAGGAGAGACUGCAAAUAUUAAACAAAAUUCCCCUGCUAUUCCUGGUAGAUAAAUUGAAAGGUCACACUUCAGCCAUGAGACUUAAGUUGCCUUCUGUUUAAUUUCUGAAGCUAGAAAUGUUAGAAAUAAUCUGGCUGACAAAUGCAAUGUAGACUCCUUCAAACAAAAGCAGUGUUAUCUGCACAGUUAAGCACAAUUUAGCUUAGUCACACAGAGACUAAAUUCAUGACAUUGCAUAGUAAGGACUUAGAUCCCUUGUCUGCACAACUAUUAUUGAAAUUGCUCUUGUUCCCUUCAGAUGUUUUAAUGUCACCAAUGUGAUGACAGUUGGCUGUUGACACGCAGGUCUUGCUGAAGGCUAUUCUGAAUCUAAUCUGUAGUAACUGCUCACUUGAACUCACCGGUGUAAGUACCCUGGCAGCAAUAGAAACCUAUAGUUUUGUAUGAGUUCUGAUCUUUCAGGAUUUUAACCUCUGUUUUGCCCAUUGAUUUGACCAUUCGCCAAUGUAGUAAAUAAGUAACAUCUAAGGGUGUGGAAAAAUAAAGACAACCUAGAGAAUGGUAAAUAAUGCAAAAAGGAAAAUUUCAGUUUAUCUGUAUGAGUGGUAGGAGCAUAGGAAAUAUGCAUGACACUGAUUGUGACCCCACAGGAGCAAGAAUAUACAGACUUAAAGUACAGGGUUUGGUGGGGAGAGAGAGGUCAUACCAAUACAGGUAAUGAGGCAUUCCAAAAAUCAGAAGAUAAAUUAACUUCCAAAUUAUUCAUAAUAUUGAAUGCAACUGAAUGAAACUUAGCAGUUUCUGGAAGUGCUGUAAAGUUGUGUUCAUAGUUAGACACAAAGGCAAACCAAGCGCUUUUGUUUCUAAACUUUAGUGUUAAGCCAUGGUGGUUUAUAGCCAGAUAGAGCAAGUUGAUUUUGUUUACUUAAUUCUGAAGGAAAAUAAGGUGGUUAAGUAUCAGGAAAAAGAAGAAUCUUUUUUACAUAUUCACUGCCUGCAGUGUCACAACAGCUUUUUAAUAAUGAUCAUCCAGAUUAGUUCUCAAAUUCUGACAGCAACAAAAAUGGUUUAAGGGCAUUCUGCAUGUUGCAAUAAAUGGAGGUUAAAGAACACAAGCAUAAAAAUGAACACCACCCUGCUGUAACCCCACACUUGUGUAAACCUGACCUAGAUGCUUUGGGCCAUCUUACUGGCCUGAAACAUUCCAGACUCUUCCAACAAGAUUCAGGGGAGGUAGAGUCUUCAUUGUGCACACAAAAAGCCUCUGAAGCUUUGACAGCUGGCAAAGCCUUGCCCCCAGCUUUAUCAGCUGUCAAAACUCAGCAAAAUAUUAAAUAUUUCUGAAUGUCUCUGAUAUCUGGAAACAUUUAAAUCAUUUCAUUUUUUUAGUUUAAAAAUUUAAAAAAUCAGCUGAAAUUAUAUAAAAAUUGUUAUUAAUAACAUUAAAUAAAACCAAAAUAAUGUUUAAAAAGUAAUUUGCCUUCCCCUUUUCAUCUAUAGGCUUGACUACAGGCCAGAUUUGUGGCUGUUUAAACAGGUAAAUGCUUCCAAUUCUGUCCAAUAUUUAUCAGCAAAAUCCAGGGCUAUAGUUGUAGUGGUGCUAGUCAUUGAAGAUCUGCUGUGACACGACAGGGAGUGAAUACGAUAGUAAAAAAAAGGUUCUUCACACACAAAAUGAAAAAUGAGAGCAGAAAGGAAACUGAAGAUUCAUAAAACAGGCUGUCUAAGUGAACUAAGAAUUGGUUUUGGACUGGAGGAUGGAGCAUCAAUGAAUGACAAAGAAUUGCUCGAAAAAAAAUAACCAGUGAGCUGCCAUAAAUAUCUGAUGUUGUGCUUAACAGUAUUUGUAAGUGAUGGAAAACACUGUAGGCAGAGAAGAACAGAGGUUAUCUCCAAUAGAUUCAGAUCAAUUACAUAAUUACAUAGACUGUCCAAUAUAUGAAAGGCACACUUUCUCCAGGUUAAAUUGAGAGUAAUUUGUCUAGUAAGAGGUGACAUUAAACAUAUCUAUGAUGAGACCAGCUCACUGAACCAACAUAUUAAGCUGCAGAUUCUUGGUAGUUUUUUUUAUUUAAUGGCAGGAAUAUUCAAGAAAAGUUAAUAUGAACAAGUGUCAAAUGAGCAGAAGCCAAAAAAGAAAAAGGAUGAUCUUUGCUGGAAAUUCCUUUCAAGAAUAUCUUAAAUUUCUCCAUUUCCUUGGUACCUCAUUCCUUCUACAUUAUCCUGUUGACAUCAGGAGAGUUACUUCACCACAAAGGGGGCAGUAGUUCAAAGAGAAGGCUCACUACCACCUUCUUGGGGGAAGUUAAGGAUGAGGGAUAAAUGCUAACCUUGCCACUGACACUGGUUCUCUGAAACAAAGGUUUCCUCUAUUUGCCUCUAGCAUCUGCAUCUUUAUAUAAAUAAUUGCAAUUUUACUGCAUACAGUAAACAGAGAUCUUCCUUUGCUGAAAGGGAGUCAGGCUAGUUCUGCCUUAGGUUAUUGUGUUCAUCUCUGCUCAAUGCAGAGUUAAGUAAUAGAAUUACAUUGGAAAGGACAAGGAAACCAGGACACUGUAAAAUGAAUGAGGUACCAGGGAGAAAUGAAAAAAUCUAAUAUAUUCUUGAAAGAAGUUGAAUUUGGGAGAAUAUUCUUACAGCCAGAAAGCAGAAUGUCUUUCAGAGAUUACAGAAGUGUGAACAAUAUAAACAAAAAAGUUCAAAGAAAUUUAUUCUGGGAAUAAAUUCACUGAUGAAAUGGCCUUUAAAUGGAAAGUCUGUGUAAUCAAGAAAUGCUUCUGAUGGGGAUUUAAUGCAUAAGAGAAUGGGUUCAGUUUGCAUACUGAAUAUCUGGGCUUCAGCAAGAUCUGAUGUACAGGAGUGAGGGAGUACAAUGGAUGAGUUAAAUUAUGUGAGGGAUAUUUCAAAUGCCUUUUGGUUCUUCUCACGCACAGUUUUAAAUUUAUAUUCUUCAUUUUGUUAACAUGAUAAGAGAUAUCUUCUACUCCUUCCCCUGAUCAAUUGAGAGGACCAUGAUUUGAUGUAAACUUUCCCAUUUUAUUCCUUUUAUCCACUGUAUUCAUUUUUUGCUAAUUCACAUUCUGACACUUUGCCAUCAAUGGGUCUGGUUCCAAAAAGAUCUAAAUUCUUAAAACAAUGUUUGAGUCUCAUUAUUAUUUAUUCCACAUCCCCCUUUGGUAUCGGCUGCACAUUUGUAGAUUUUUCUAGUUAUAAACUUCUCCGAGGUGAUGCUUAUUGUUCAUAGAAAAGGCUACAGUACUAAUCAUAACUGUGCUAUUUCUUUAUCCCCAGAUUCUAGUUUUUCACCAUUAAUUUAAACUGAGCCUAUAUAUUUUCACUCAAUGUUUCACCCAUAUUUAAAUAAUAGUUCUUACUUGAGAUGUUCUCAGAAAACUAAGAUUGAGCAUUUCAUUUGGAUUUUAUUUUUACUAAUUGAAGCCAUCUGUUUACCCCCCUAUUCUUAUUUUCAACUCUUCUGAUGGUAUUAUCCUCCUUUAUCCUUUAAUGUAUUCUAUUGUUGGUUAUAAUUAAUUUCAAUUUCUUCUCAUAAAGUCAUAGUCACCACAGAAAGAGGCCCUUCAGCCCAUCUAGUCUGUUCUGACCAUCAAGCAUCAAUUUACACUAAUCCUACACUAAUCUCACUUUAUUCUCCCACAUUUGCAUCAAUUUCCCCCAAAGUCUACAACUCACCUAUGCACCCAGACAAUUUACAAUGGCCAAUUAACCUUUGGAGACGUGGGAGGAAAUCGGAACAUCUGGGAGAAACCCACAUGUUCAGAGGGAGAACAUGCAAACUCCACACAGAUAGCUCCAGAUGUCAGGAUUGAACCAGGGUCAUUGUAGCUGUGAGGGCUCUAUUAGCUACGCUACUGCGUUGGCCGAUAUGUAGUUCCUCAAAUACUUGGCUAUUUCUAGAUAAGCAUCUAAAUGGUCAUUGUUUUGAUUCAAAACCCGUGUAUUCCCUCAAUCUCCAUUUAUGAGUUCUAACAUAUUCUAUCUUUGGCUUCUCCAUAAUAUGUAUGAAGUUGCAAUAUGCUUUUAACAGAAAACAAGGCAUGUUUUUGAUAGAUGAGAUCAUUCCCAGUUGCAAGGUGUAAAUUACCAGUUGGUUGUUAAGUAUGCUGAACCAUCUCCAGCCCCAUUUUUCUGCUGCUUUCUCAGUUGUCUCAGAGAAUCAGCAAGAAGUCUGCAAGAAUUUCCCAAAUUGUUGGCCCAGAAAAUAACAUGAUAGUGUUGGGAGGUAUGUGGUGGGGCAGGUGAAGGAUUGGAGCGCUGGGAACUUUGUUAGGGGUUGAAUGGGGUACAAAGACAUUAAAUUGACUGAAUGGGGUGGGCUUAAUAUACCUGAAUCUUUUCUUCCCUUUGUGUACAUUAUUAUCCUUAAAUAUUUCAGUACAAUUAUAAUAACUGAAUCCUGGAUGUUUCCCAAUCCCUGAUUAAUGUAGGUAACUUAUUGUCAAAGAGCAGGUGCACAAUAGUCACUGGCAAUUUUGGCUGCACAACACACUUGGAGACAAUCCUACACCACUCUUAGAAGCACGUGCUCCUUUUAAGCUAACAAUAUCUGGACAGCUCUGACCUCUUUACAUGCUUCAUUCAUCCAUUAUGGCACUGGACCACCUGCCUCGCUGCAGUCUCUCCUUUCUCUAUGCUCCUUGCCCUAAUAUCUUAGACUCCCAAGGCGAUGUUAUUAAUCCGAGUCUUUUCUCUUGCUAUUACCUGUUUAACUGCAAAACAUGUGUCCAGUGUCAGUUUAAACACACUUUUGCAAUUUCAUUUUCUCUGCUCUCUUUUAUAGUUUGUUUUUUCUCAUCAAAUUGUUUUACCCAUUAACGCUAAUUCUACAGACAUAAACACUGUAACACCAACAUACACCCUCCUCUUGGAAUCACCCCAAUGCACGAAUGUUAAAGCUGAUUGUUAUUUUCUAGAUCAGCUGCCAUUCAGAAAUCAUUGACAGAUUUGCAUGAUACAGAACCAAAUUUGAAUUUGGAAUACUUGUAUUUGCCUUGAUCACUGGUUUGAAGUAUGUCUGACUCCCCUUCUCUUCACCUACUAUGGACCGGGAGCCUAAAAUUACAGGCUGUCAACUGACAAUUAGUCAUUUCAAUUCCUCUCCCUCAUUAGACCUCAUUUACUUCAGUUAUUCACUUUUUUCAAUUCUAGCUCUUAUCUCAACAGCAUGAAACUAGCUGUAAAAGUAAACCUCAGAACUUAUUAAGUGGGAUGUGAGAGAGAGAACUGUGCACACCUUUUAAGCAUCCUGACAUUCAAAGGAAACUCAAAUCCUGCCUGCAGAAUUAGUUGGUGCCUAGGGGCAGAGCCAACAGAACCUGCAACAGAAACAAAAUCCAGCUUUUAAUAAACAGGGUUUAUUCAUGAAAAUAUCCAAGCACAGACAAAUCCAUCAGAGUCCUGCACUAAGCCUGUUGCACGUGUAAAUCAUAUCAUCUGAACACUUGCUAGGGGUAUCCAGGGGUGGUAGGAGAAGUGAAUUAGCUUUCAGUGGUGACCCUCAAAUGCAGAUUAAGUCAUCUAUCCAAUGACAUAUAUUAAUAAAGUGUUACCAUUUUUAUUCUUGUUUCCUAACAAGCUACUCCAGGAUGUCAGGGACUGACUCCAAUGUGGUAGUAGUGGAAAUUAGUUGAUUCUAAGUAAAAGAGUACCUUCUAAUUAAAAACACUAGAAACCAAUAAAAAAGACUAAUAUACAGAGCAAGCCCAUCAAUGUCUGUACAGUUGGUAGGUUAGUGAUUAAGCUAUGAAUGAUUCAGAAACAAAAAAGGUCAGAGAGCUUUUUAACGUAACUGGACACAGGAAAAUGAUUGGAGGAGAUGACAGGAUUAAAUACUGGGGAUAAUCACACAUGGAAUCGAUCUUCAUGGGCAGUGGUACAAGUUAACAACAGAAGAUUAGGUGUGAACACUGCACUUACUUUUGACCAAUUUAUAUGGUAGCCUUUAUUGCCCAAAUGUUGAUCGCAAGUCUCAACAAAUCAUUAUAUUUUUGCAUUUUAGUUCUCUUUGAGUACUGAUAGUUCAUUUCAAAUGUAUACUUUGCAAUGAAUAUGCUUUCAGUUCUGAAUGCUUUUCGUAAGACUGGGGUUGCCUGGUUUUGAAAGUGUUGGUUCUGGCUUAUUUCUGGCUUGCCACAUUGUCACUUCCUUCUGACUGUGUUCUUGUUGCUGUAUUUUUUUGUAACUCUAGACCACUGUUGCACAGACCUAUAGAUAUCACAUUAUUGUUGUUUCCAGCUAUAAGCUUCUGCUACAGAGAAACUGCUCAGUGGACAUUUAUUUGGUUGUGCUGUGUUGUGGUCAAGGGUAGUUUAGGCAGAGGGCAGAAUGGUAGCUUUGCUUCCCCAGGAGGUUGGCACAUAGAAUUGAUCUAGAAAUUUGUUGAAACAUGCUGAUGCCUGAGGAGAUGUGCUUUUCCUGUCUCCACUUCACAAGAGUGGUUCUUCCAGAGUUAAUGGAAUCUUACUUGCAGAAAGGACAAAGUCAUUGAAUGUCCUGCUCACUUUUGCAAAGUUCAAUGUGAUCGCAGUAAUCUAGAUCUAGAUCAAUAAAACAUUCUAAGAGAGCUUACAGGAUUGUAUUUGGAAAAUAUUGACAGUGACAAAGGAGAUACAACAGGAGUAAAUGCUUGGUCUUAAAGUGGGCUGGAGAGGCAAAAAAAAAUUAGGGAUGGAAUUUUUAGUGUAGAACUGAAAAGCAAUGGUGUGUUGAAGGAAGUGGGGCCGGAACAAGAGGCCAGAGUGGGAGGAAUGGGUUCUCGGAGGCUUAGAGCAGUGAUAGGGAGGAAGGGGUUAAUGAAGGGUUUCAAUCUGAGGAAUGACUUUUUUAAACGACUCUUUCAAGUCAUCAGAUGCAAUUUGCUUCAUUAUACAGACCUCUGUCUACUUCUGUAUAUCACUGAACUUUUGUAACACAGCAGAAAUAUUCUUACUAUGUCCUAUUGAAAAGAAGGGAAUAUCACAAAUGGGGAAAGGAGGUGGUAUGCUUUCCUGAAGUGCAAGAUCACAAUUUAUUGUAGUUUACAGCAAAAAAAAACUGUCUGCGGCAAUUUUCUAGCUUAAUGCAAGUGACUGUGUGAUACCUAGUAACAGUCAGUAUGCUGCAGUCUAUUUUGUCAGUACUAUUUAAAUGAGUAGAUGGACUGGGGGAAAUGCUUACAAGGGAUCUGGAGCUGCAUGUUGGAGCAAUGUUCAUUUACAUCACUCAGGCCAAUCACGUAUCGUAACAUCACCCAAAGAACAGUGAAAUAUGAAGUUAGCAUAUUGAAAUGCAUUGGGAUGUUUUUUAUGCCAAAGUCAAAAUAUAAAUCAGAUGGGAUUCUGUUAUAAAGUUCAGAGGUCCUGAAAAUUACCUGUAAUUGUUAUGCCCUGCAUAAUUUGGCAAUUCAUUCAUCAGAGGAAGAGCCUGGACUCUUGCCAGAAGAGAAGGUGUUGCAAAAUGACUGAAGCUGAAGGCUGGAAUGCUGCUGUAUCGAGGAAAGGCUGACAGGUCAUUAAAACAAAAUGCUGCUGCUGUGGCUCUGAACUGACAGUCGAUGUGUCCUCCCUAUAUUACAGGUGCCCUAUUAACAACAUAGUAGGACUAAUCAAUUUUACCACCACCUCUUCUCCCAAUCUGCAGUGCUGCCUUCAGAUAUUUCUACACUGCGUAAGACAGUGCAAAUAGUACUCCCUACUCAAGCUUUAUGUCUGCUUCAGUAUUUCUCUGGUGCUUGUCUUUGGUGUGAAUUAGCCUGGGCUUUCUAUUCAGUCUUAUGCUCUAAUGCCACCUUUUUCAGAGAAGAGUAGCAAACUGCCACCAAUGGUCACUUCAUGACAUGGUGUUAGCAAUUGUUAAUUUCUGUUGGACCACUAGACAACCUGCAGGUUUUACCAGUGAUUCUAGGUUUGUGCCGGCUGGAGGCUUCUGCCCUGACCUGCAUCUUCUAGACAUGCAAGUACUAUUCAAAGAAAGGAAAUGGACCAGGCAAUUGCUACAAAGGGACUAGAAAUGCAUUUUGGAGUCAUGGUCCUUUCCAUCACUGAGGCCAAUCAUAAGUAAAAUUGAGUAGGCUUAUUAUGUUUUGCACAGGGCACCUGUAGUAUGGGAUGAUGUGAGAACACUCAGUUUUCAUUGGAAUAUUCUGUCAAUCUUUGCUUGAUGCACCAGCUUUCCAGGCUACAGCUGGAGGCCAGCUGUAUUAGGUAGCUGGAGCAUCAGUCAGAGAAGUGAAUGCCUUGUGUUUUUCUUAUUACUAAGCUUGGCUGUGAUUUCCCCCUUGCAAAUAAUCAAGGAUUAAUGUUAUGACAGAUUCAGGCCUAUGAGAUAUUGAAGGUCAUCUUCAUGGACUCCCCAAAACUGAGAGGCUCAGCAGCAGGAGGGAUAAUGUUGUCCAGUAACACCAUGUCUAGGUCUUUUGUGUAAAUUAAAAUCAUUGAAAUUUAUGGCACAGAAAGAUGGCAUUUGGCCCAUUGUACUGCACUGGUCAAUAAAGGCCUAAUUCCAUCAUAGGAGUAAUUAGUCAUUUCCUUUAUUGCUGGUUCUGUAAUAAGUGAGCACCAAAAGCCUUUAAAGUGAUGCAGUUUUCAUCCUCUGACUGUGAUGGUGAUUGAGGAAAGCAUGUAGGCAGUAUAUUUAAAUUAAGUGACAGUGGAUCCAAUGACAUCAAGCACAUGUCCUUGUCAGAAGAUCAGGCAUAUUUUCUCUGACACCAGAACUGGGCUGGAGGUGGAAGCAACACACAAAGUGCUGGAGGAACUCAGUGGGUCAGGCAGCACCUAUGGCGGGAAGUGGAAAGUCGACGUUUCGGGUCGAGACCCUUCAUCUGGACCUGAAAUGUCGACAGUCCGUUUCCCUGUACAUUCUUGCAGGUUGAGGUGUUUGUUCUUGAGGUACGGCUGAGUGUAUCCUCGCAACCUCUUUCUCUGCAGUCCUUGUAAAAGUAAUUUGAAAAGUACACUGCCAUUUUAUCACUGGCUACAACUAUGUCCGCUGUGAUGCAGCCAGCAGAAAGCUCAAGAUUCUUCAAAUUCUUCAGUGAUAAAAAUUGUAGCACAAGUUCUGGGAUCAAAGCAUCAGUUUAGAAGUUACAUACCUACUCCUGGCUGGUUUUUGGGACAACUAAACCAAGGCCAGCCCUGCCCUCAUCCCUGUAUUUUCCAUUGUGGAUUUAGUGAACUGUGAUUAGUACUAGAACACUGACAUAAUUCAGGAUUGUGAUUGCUUCCUAUCCUCACCUCACCAAUAUUAUGCACUUCAUUCUUUUGUGAAAUUAACCCUUCAUUUCUGAAGACCAGUCCAUAGCCUAGAUAAAUACCACAGUGAUGUUAAGUGAAGAUAUCCCAUGUAUCACUUAAUUGUGUAAAGCACAUAAAACCAUCCAGAAUGAAGUAAAGGAAUAGAAUGAAAUUUCAAAGCAGAUCACUAGCUUUAGUUAAAAAUAACUGACAUCUCUAGUCUGGUUGAUGUGGGAUCUAACAAACUGCCUCAUAUCUCAUUAGGAUUCUAUCGUACUGAGUACUGAAAUAGCUAAUGAUUGAGUACGUUUCUAGGAACCAUUCAGGUUGUCUCUUAGGAAUAUGUAGGGUAGUAGCUGGUGAAGACUGCAGGGUAGUAAAACACAGAGAAAACCACUGAGGGAAAGUGAAUCGACGAUGACUGAUUAAACCCUUAGCAGUGAUUCUCUCAUUUCACUGAUAUCAUCCAUUAGACUCCAAGCAGAUCUGGUUCAUUCUUUCAUUAAUGUCAUGAUUUUUUAAAAAAAUAGCAAAAUUGCCUUUUGUAUGGCCUAGAACCCUGCGUUGCUUGAAGACUUUAUUGUACAUCUAAAGCCAAUGUUCUGUGCCAAUUAUCUGGUGUUUGGUAUUUUAGCUGCUUUCGAAUGUACACAAACAAGUCACCAGCCUGUGACUGAGCAGACAGGAAGCCUGGCUCAGCUCAGCUAAAGUUUGCACCCCUUCCCUCCAUGUACAGCACAAACUGUAGUCAGGCUCAGCUCAGCUCCAGUCUGCCCAUCACUACCCCCCCUACCCACCCCACCAAUGUAUAGCACAAAUUAAAGCCUGGACUUGUGAACCUGCUGCAUCCGCUGAUUAACAAAUUGUUUGCACGUUAGCCUAUGAAAAGCAGUGUUUUCGUCUUGUGUCUGUGAUUAGUUUGGUUUUGGCUUAUCUGUCUCAAAAUAAAUGUGGUGUCCAAACUCUGUAUUUUGAAAAGUAAAAGCCUGGAUGAGGAUGUUUUGUAGAAAUUGGGAGUUUCAAUCUGCACCCAUUGCAAUUUCUAAAUACAUCACUGAUUCUGAUAUUUGGGGGGAAAAUCUUCACUGGAGAAACCCUUAAACAUUCUUUCAUUAGCACCUGUGUCAGAUCUGAAGACAAAAGCAACUCCAUGUUUUCAACAUUUGCAGCCUAUAUGCUUUUUUUAAAAUCAAAGUUACCAUAAGCACUGGAUGGGCUGGCCUGGGACCUGCCCCAAAUCCCUCACUUCCUGUGAAAAGCACAAGUAUGGGAAAAAGUCAUAGGGCAGGAUUGGGAAGCAAAAAGCUGAAAUAGAAGCUGAAAUAAAAUCAGUUGGUAGAUAGAUGCCAGUCUUGCCACUCAAACGCUCAGUAAUUGCUGCUAGCACCACCCCCCCCCCCCCCCCCCCCCCCCAACACAUUUGUUAAUCCAUCCUCCUCUUUUGCUCUUCCCUUAUUACUCCUGGUUACUGCCUUACAAAUUUCUUCUCUGGCCCCCUCUGUGACUUUUCUGUUACUCAUGAUUCACUGUUGUGGUUUCUGAUGUUAUAUAAAAGACUUGCAAACAUAGCUGUGUAACAGUAAAUUACAUUUCUUCACUGACUAUAGCCCAGUGAAACCACCCAGCUUGCAAUGGUGUGACAAACAGUACAUUCCUUAAUAGCCAACAAUUGAAAGCAGCACAUUUCAGGGAAAAAAAAAGCAAAGGAUCAUGCUCCAAUUCACUGCCUGAUCUGGAUGGGUUUAGGCAAGAACAGCUGUAGUUUCAUUCUAUCUCCUGCUGCUGCUUUGGGCGGUGAAGUGUGCUAAUUGAGGAGAACAACCAAGAGGUCAAGGUAGGUGUAAUAGAGGGAAGAGCAGAGCAGUUGGAUUAGAGCCCUGCUGUGUGGGGUAACAAUAGAGUUAAGAGCCCAUUAUGGGAGGGUGAAACUGUUUCAAAAAUCACUCUGGGUAGAGGUUGGCGGGGCUCUGAAUUCACAGAGAGAUAGAGAGGUGGGGGUAGAAGAGUGUAGGAAAGAGGGCAAGUUUAAAGUGGAAGGGAAAGAUAAGUUUCAGAUCCCACUACGGUUCACAACAGUCCGUGGGAGAGUGAAAUAAGCUUCAGCUCCCACUGCACGAGGGAGAAGUAGGAUUAGGUUCCCACUGUGAGAGGGAGUGGUGGGAUUAAGAUCCCACUGUGGGAGGGUGCAGUGGGAUUAGGACCCCACUGUGGGUGGGAGAGGUGGGGUUAGGACCCCACUGUGGGAGGAAGCGGUAGAGUUAGGAUCCCAUUGUUGGGGAGAACAGGGGUUAGGAUCUCAAUGUGGGAAGGAUUGGCAUUCCACUGUGGAAGGUGGAGAAAGGGCUAAGGUCCCACUGUGGGAAAUGUAGGGUUACAAUGUCACAGAGGUAGGCUUCAGAGCCAGCCUUGGGUGGGAAAAGAAUGGUAGGAUCCCACUGUUGACAGGAGAGGUAGGUUUAAGAGCUGAAUACAGAAGUGGUAGGAUUAGGAUCAGAUUGUUGGAGGGAGAAUUAUGGUGUGGAGCUGGCUGUGGUAGGGUUUGGGAGUAAGCAGUUUGAUUAGGAGCAUUCAAGUUAUAUUUUUAAAACUGAUAUUUAUUUUUCAAUAACUGAAAUAAUCAGAUUUACAGAUUUUUGGGAGGCUCGAGAAUGAGUGUAACCUGCAGACAUUUAUGGGUAGCAAGUUGUUGCUCCACCACCUGAGAUCUUGACUGCAAGCAUAGAUCCCGACAUCAAACCAACUGUUUUGAAUGAGAUCCCAGCAUUUUACACAUAAAUUACAGAAAAGGUACAGCACAGAAGCAGGCCAUUCAAACCGACUCAUCCACCUUGAUGGUUAUGCUGAACACCAGCCUCCUUCCAUAGCAGUUCAUCCAAUAUUAUCAACACAUCAGUAUCAGAGGCAAAGCCCAUUCCUCACUGCAGCAAUUCUUCAGAGAUAACUAACUCAGCACAGACCGGUGACAAAAUGUAAGAUCUCCCUGGUCUAUCUACUUCAGUGCCACUUACCCACUGGUCUGAGAUGGGAGCUUUAGAUCAUCUUUCAGUGAGGGUUACCCAGAGCUAAUAUCCAAGUGUUCAAUAUCAGCAGUAUUAUUAUUACAUUAAUGACUGGUUUUCACCAGUUUUCAUUCUGUUUUGCUGUUCUCCAAGUUGCACAACUUGUGUCAUUUAAAUGUAAAAAUCAAUUGAAGAUAAUUAUCGAUCAUUGAGGUGUCUCAGUCACCUGUGUAACAGAGAAUCCUGCAUGUGAUUCAAAUCUGUCCCUGAUCAAGAGUGCAAAUUUCAAAACUCUUUUACCUAAUUAAAAAGUCUUCCUUCUCAUUUUAAAAUAAAUGCUAAAUCUUUUGGUACAAAAGUACAGAGUCCCCUUUGUCUGACUACAAGGGCAGUACCAGGGUGUUCCACACAGUGCUAGCUGUUAGCACAAAGAAAUAUGUGACCAUGAUCCCCAUUCCACUCACCAUUCUCCUAAAUGGUGAUGGAACACAUCCCUAGCCUAAUGGAUGGAAGGACAGUGCUGCUGGAUGAAAAUUACCCUUGAGAUUUAAGACAUAACUUACAAGGAUUUGGAGCUGUGCUCAGCUCAUUAAUAAUAGAACACCAAGAAUCAAAAAGCCACACAAAGCAUUCUCUAUAUUACAGCCAUCGCUGGGACUUUUCCCAUGUCAUUUACACACUGCACAGCUUUAGCAACCAACCAAAAGGCUCUAUAAAAACUGAUAACACUACACUCCUGCAGCCACCUAAAGACGUGUUUUUGGAGGAAAUAAAUGUAAUUUCCUAUUGGAUAAAUUAACAAAAACAAAAAUUUAAUAAAAUUCUCAAUUUCAAUAGUUAGCAAAUGACCUGUUGAAUAACUCACUGAUACAUAUCUCCAUUUGGUAGGGUAUAGUGAACAAAUUCCGUGCUGUUGGCCACCCAGGAUGGUUGGCAGCACCAUCAGCCAAUUUGGAUUAUUUUACAGUAGAUGAAGCAGAAGGCAGAAAGGAUUGAACUUUGAGUACUUGGAUACUCAUAUUGUAAUCAACAGUAUUGGCAAUGUGUGUGAUUAUAAUAAAAAAGAAUUCUGUCUAAACCCCACAAGAUAAGGCAAGCAGUUCUUAAUUGGCUGAACAGUUUAGAGCUGUAAGAAAGGUUACUAAGAGUUUUCAUAUUUCUUCUCAAGAAAUAUGCUGCAAAUAAUUCUGGAAUGAACCAGGACUAGAAUUGGCCUCUAGAAAGAAAAAUCAUGUGAAUGAAAUCUUUCCUGUGGAAGUUUUGUGAUGCUCUGGUACUAUAAUAUCUAAGGGGAGUAUCACAUGAUUUCUGCUCUCUAUCACACUCUGCCACAAUUUAUUUGAAACUUCUCACUUUUACUGUUAAGGCAAGCCCUGUCCUAGAAUUCAGUCUGCAACUUCUCAAAUGAGAUGAAAUAAACCAUCCUGCAAAAACUGAGAGAAAGAUUGGAGGAUGUUUCCUUGGUAGAAAGAUAAAUGAAUGUGCCAGACUACCAAUACGAUGUGGAUAUUUACUGAGACCAUGCUUGAAACUCUGAUAUAAACAUUAAGAUCCACCUAUGGGUCAACUAUAUACAGCUCUCAGGGAAACCUUAGGAUUUACAGUCUACUCCUGAUAAUUCAAACUUCAUUCCACAAGAAAAACUUGAAUUAUCCUAUCCUUCAAAUUACACAACUUAAUGGGAGUUUAGCACUUCAAUGAAUGAAUGGCCAGAUAAUUAAAGUUGAUGGAUUGGCAUUAAUAAGUGAACAACAUAAAUGAUAAUAAAGGGUGAGAAAGUUUCAAACUGAUUUAAGUACAGACGCUUGUUUAUUCUUAGGGCUGAAGUACACUAAGCUAAUGCAAAAGCAUUAGGAACUGGAAGUCCACAGCUAUGAACUCUUUGGAAAGUCCUGUUCCACACUUCAUUGCAAUGUCUUGAACUGGUAGCAUCAACUCCAAAUGAUAGAGUUUAUAAUUUCUCAAUCUAGAUAAAUUCUCGUGUAGAAAGCAGGGUCCAGCAGCACCAUCCUUCAAUUUAAAGCUCCAUAAUAUAUCCUCUCCCAUUUUGGUGACUGCACCAGAUAGGGAAACUUACCUAUAGGAUGGGGGGAGGGGGAUUUAACCAAUUCUUGUGUUAAGCACAGCUCACGUAGAUCAAACAAAGGGGGCACUUCAGCUGGGGCAAACAGAAAGGAGAUCAGAGGCUGCGUCGAAGAUCAGUGUUGCCUCAUUUAAAUAAGUCUCUGGGGGUAAGCAUUUCUAUUACUGUGCAAUAACGCGGACGAAAUACCCCAGGUCCUUCUUAUUCAUUGAAUUUAUGCUGCAUGUUACAGGAUUUUUUAAAAAAUGUGAAAUGUUUCCUUUCAGUGUCUGAAACUCUCACUGGACUUGUCGUUUAAUCCACUGCUCCUCACCAGCAGUGCUUGAUAUUGUAAAGAUGUGGAUGGCUGUCAUUGUUGUCAGUUCUGCCCUCUCUGCGAGGAUUGCCCUGAUUUGUAACUGUGCUGUAGAGCUGAUUGUGCUGGUUUAUGUGUUGCAGUUUGUUGCAGAAAUGAGGGACGGUGCUGUCUCCCGUCUGCUCUCCCAGCCAUUGCCUUCUUGUAAAGUAUGUUCAUGCUUUGGUUGCAAAUGGCUUCCUGCGUUGUGAAUUCUUACACAAAAUAAACAAUUCUGAUCAAUGA